AUGACACGGCUGGUGGUGGCGGUGGGAGCACCUACGUUACACAUGGCUGCCGAGGUGGUGGUGGUCACGUACUUGGGGUGCAUUGAAGUUCUCCGGUCAAUGAGGUCUCUUGACUUCAGUACAAGAACACAGAUAACCAGGGAAGCCAUCAGCCGCGUCUGCGAAGCCAUCCCUGGCACCAAGGGCGCCUUCAGGAGGAGAAAGCCUCCCAGCAAAAUGCUGUCCAGCAUCUUGGGCAAGAGGAACCUGCAGUUCGCGGGGAUGAGUAUCUCCCUGACCAUCUCCACCGCCAGCCUGAACCUGCGGACGCCCGACUCCAAACAGGUCUGUAGGCGCCAGGCCCCGCCCCUGCCCACAGCCCCGCCGCUGGUGUUCCGCAAGGACACCACGGACUACGUGGCGUACGUAGCGAAGGACCCCGUUAAUCGCAGAGCGUGUCACAUCCUGGAGUGCUGCGACGGGCUGGCCCAGGACGUCAUCGGCUCCAUUGGACAGGCCUUUGAGCUUCGGUUUAAGCAGUACCUGCAGUGUCCUUCCAAGGUCCCCGCCUUCCAUGACCGAAUGCAGAGUCUGGACGAGCCCUGGACGGAAGAGGAGGGGGAGGGCGCGGAGCACCCCUACUACAACAGCGUCCCAGGCAAGACGCCCCCUCCGGGGGGCUUCGUGGACGUGCGGCUGCAGCCCAGGCCCCUCGCGCCUGACGCGGCCCAGUUCGCAGGAAAAGAGCAAACGUACUACCAGGGGAGACACCUGGGAGAGGCGUUUGGCGAGGACCGACCGCCGGCGGCCGCCCGGCAAGGGUCCCUGGACACCUACAGCCUGCCGGAAGGGAGAGCUCCUGCGGGCCCUGGAGAAGCCCCCACCUACGUGAACGCCCAGCACAUCCCGCCGCAGGCCGCGCCGGCCUCAGGCAGCAGCGCCGAGAGCAGCCCGCGGAAAGACCUCUUCGACAUGAAACCUUUUGAAGAUGCUCUCAGGACCCAGUCCCUGGGGCCUGUGCUGAGCAAGGCGGCCUCCGUGGAGUGCAUCAGCCCCGUCACGCCCAGAGCCCCGGAUGCCAAGAUGCUGGAGGAGCUGGAAGGGGAGCCCUGGUACCAAGGGGAGCUGAGCCGGAAGGAGGCCGAGGGGCUGCUCAAGAACGACGGGGACUUCCUGGUCAGGAAGAGCACCACCAACCCCGGCUCCUUCGUCCUCACGGGCAUGCACAACGGCCAGGCCAAGCACCUGCUGCUCGUGGACCCGGAGGGCACGAUCCGGACGAGGGACAGGGUCUUCGACAGCAUCAGUCACCUCAUCAACCACCACCUGGAGAACAGCCUGCCUAUCAUCUCCGCCGGAAGCGAGCUCUGCCUGCAGCAGCCGGUCGAGAAGCCCCUGUGACCGGCCCGCCACCCCGUCCUGACCCUGCGCCCAGGUCAGGAGGCCUGGUUCUUCCCGGGAAAUGGGUACGGGGGCUACGGAAACUCCAGGCAGCCGCCCGCGCGCUCAGAGCCUUGUCCAAAUGUCCCAGGAGGAACGUGUCCGUAAAGUGCAAGUUUCAUAAACUUGUCCUGAUUUUCUCAUGUGCAUAUUAAAGGUGUACAUACCUAUACAUCCUGUAAAAUUAGCCCUCUAUAUUUAUAUUUUUUAAGACUAAGAAAGAUGUAAGACUAAUGUUCUGUGCUGUAUGUUUUUAAUGGAAAAAAAAGUUUGACUCUAGUUGUCUGGGCAAAAAAUGUAAUUCAGCUGA